UAACAGACUUUAGAAAUGGUUCUAAUAACUUGCUGUAAAAUAUACUAGACAUUUUGUGUUUUAAUGAUGCUGAUGAGAAGCUUACUACAAAUACUGCUACAAAAUCCUUCACAUUUCAAACCCAAAACACCUGUUUUAUAACUCACAUGCGAGCUUAAAUUUUCAAGGGGGUCAUGAACGCAUCACCGACCACGUGACUGGCUGCGGUGCGUAACGCAAUGCUGCUUCAGGUACUAAAUGCGAUAGCCCGAGACGUAUUAUCGUGUACUACAUACACAAAUCAUUUUUAUUUUUUUUAAAUGAACAUAAACACAAACUAAUGAAACUACAGGAAACAUACUCGCAUAACGGCCGUGAGUCUGAACCGAGACGUCAGCCAAUAAGCGUCCAGCGCGACGUCUCCUCCCUCAACGACGUACGCUGCUCUCCCGGCAGUAUGGCCGCCGUCCCGUAGCCGUCGGCGUGUCCUCUCUCAAUAGUUUGCUGUUAGAGCUUUGCACUUUUUUUGUAGAACAAUGUCCGCUGUACUUUUCCUGAGAAAGUCGCUAAGUGGGCUUCCGCCGGGUGCCGCUCGGCAGGCGGUCGCCGGCUGUUACCACACCGAGAAAGGUGUCUUCGGAUACCGACCCAAAGAGCCGGAGAGACACCGCCACAAGUCACAGAGCGACCGCAUAGCGGCACUGAAUCAAGAUCACGGCCUGGCCCGUCUGGUGGACGCAUACAGAGCACAUGGACACAAGGCUGCUAAGAUUAACCCGCUGCAGCCUGAGCAGCCGGUGGCUGACAGCGUGCCGGAGAUCAACAUGCUGACCGGCACCAUGACCGGAAGACUGCAGACCGCAGGUCUGCAACACUUCGGCCGGGCGGAGGCGUCGGUGGAAGAGGUUCAGGCCUACCUGGAGGGAGCCUACUGUGGCAACCUGUCAGUGGAGACCAGCCAGCUGAGCAGCCUGGAGGAGAGGGAGUGGUUCGCCGACCGCUUCGAGGAGCUCAAGAAGGAGAGUUUCUCUGCGGAGGAAAGGAAGCAGCUGGCGAAGGUCAUGCUGGAGUCCCAGGAAUUUGACCACUUUCUGGCCACCAAGUUUUCUACUGUGAAACGUUACGGGGGAGAAGGAGCAGAGAGCAUGAUGGGAUUCUUCUAUGAGCUUUUCCACCAUUUGUCCCACAACGGAGUCACUGACGUCAUCAUCGGCAUGCCUCAUAGAGGAAGACUCAACCUGCUGACAGGCCUGCUGAAGUUCCCACCAGAGCUCAUGUUCCGGAAAAUGCGCGGCCUCAGCGAGUUCCCCGACACCUCGCCCGCCACCGGCGACGUGCUCUCCCACCUCACCUCCUCGGUGGAGUUGGAUUUCGGAGCCGCCAAACCAAUUCACGUGACCAUGCUGCCCAACCCUUCUCACCUGGAGGCGAUCAACCCCGUGGCUCAGGGCAAAACCAGAGCCAGGCAGCAGCUCCGGCAAGAAGGAGACUAUUCACCCGAAGACAACGCCCAGCCGGGGGACCAAGUCGUCUGUCUGCAGGUGCACGGCGACGGCGCUUUCCCCGGCCAAGGGGUCGUUCCAGAAACUCUGACCCUUUCAAACCUUCCUCACUACAGAGUCGGUGGGAGCAUCCACCUGAUUGUGAACAACCAAGUGGGUUACACCACUCCGUCCGAGCGAGGCCGAUCCUCUUUGUACUGCAGUGAUGUCGGGAAGAUGGUGAACUGUGCCGUGAUCCACGUGAACGGCGACGAGGCGGAGGACGUGCUGCGGGCCACUCGGCUGGCUGUGGAGUACCAGCGGCUUUUCAGGAAAGACGUCAUCCUGGACCUGAUCUGCUACCGUCAGUGGGGCCACAACGAGCUGGAUGAGCCCUUCUUCACCAACCCGGCCAUGUACAAGAUCAUCCGAUCCCGGAAGAGCGUCCCGGACUCCUACUCGGACCGGCUGAUCUCCGAGGGUCUGAUGACCGAAGCGGAGCGCGACGAGAUCAAGUCCAAGCACCACGGCAUGCUCAACGACAAGCUGUCCCACGCGACCCAGUACAGCCCUCCGCCCACCAACCUGCAGGGCCGCUGGGCCCAUCUGGUCGAGCCCCAGGCCCGAGUCACCACCUGGGACACUGGCGUCCCCGUUCCCCUGCUGCAAUUUGUAGGAGUGAAAUCUGUGGACAUCCCGGAGCAGGUCCAGGUCCACAGCCACCUCAGAAAGACGCAUGUGCAGGCUCGGUUGCAAAAGUUGGAAGAAGGGACCAAACUGGACUGGUCCACAGCUGAGGCCUUGGCUUUCGGCUCCCUCCUGUCCCAAGGCUUCAACAUUCGAAUCAGCGGACAGGACGUCGGAAGAGGCACGUUCAGUCAGCGCCACGCCAUGGUGGUGUGUCAGGACUCCAAUGACAUGUACAUCCCUCUGAACCACAUCAGCCAUCAGCAGACCGGCUUCCUGGAGGUGUGCAACAGCCCGCUGUCUGAGGAGGCGGUGCUUGGAUUCGAAUACGGGAUGAGCAUCGCGCAGCCGAAGCUCCUUCCCAUCUGGGAGGCUCAGUUUGGGGAUUUCUUCAACGGCGCGCAGAUCAUCUUUGACACCUUCCUCACUGGAGGUGAGGCCAAGUGGCUGCUGCAGAGCGGGAUGGUGAUCCUGCUGCCUCACGGCUACGACGGAGCCGGACCCGAGCACUCGUCCUGCCGCAUGGAGCGCUUCCUUCAGAUGUGUGACAGCAAAGAGGAGGGUGUGGACAGUGACUGUGUGAACAUGGCUGUGGUCAACCCCACCACGUCUGCUCAGUACUUCCACCUGCUGAGGAGGCAGAUGAUCCGGAACUUCCGCAAGCCUCUCAUUGUGGUUGGGCCCAAGAUGCUGCUCAGAUUUUCUGGGGCAGCGUCCAGUCUGACUGAACUGGCCCCAGGAACAUCCUUCAGACCAGUGCUGGGUGACACUUCGGUCCCUGCAGAAAGCGUCCAGAAGGUGGUGCUGUGCUCGGGGAAGCAUUACUACGCCCUCAUGAAACAGAGGGAGACAUCAGCAGCCAAGCAGAACACUGCUGUAGUUCGGGUGGAGGAGCUGUGUCCGUUCCCACUUGACGCUCUGCAGCAGGAGCUCAAAAAAUACCCCAACGCCAAAGAGUUUGUUUGGAGUCAGGAGGAGCCACAGAACAUGGGUCCCUGGUCUUUUGUAGCGCCCCGCUUUGAGAAGCAGCUGGCCUGCAAGCUGCGGUUAGUGAGCCGGCCGGCUCUGCCCGCCCCGGCUGUCGGCAUCGGGACCCUCCAUCACCAGCAGCAAGAGGCCAUCCUCGCCGACACCUUCUCUUAAGACCCCACCCGACUGGAGACAAAACGAUCAGCACCACACUACGUACUGGUAUCUGCUCCGGCCCCUCGAACCAUGGCCAGGAAACGUGCACUGCGGAUACCAGGGACCUUUCUUCUUCUUUUUUCUUUUUUUAAACAGUGUACACUUAGAAAAAAAAGGGUUAAUAAUAUUUCAAAAAAGUGUUAGAGAAUGAAUUAUUGUGUUUAUGGUUUUAAACUGGCUGAAUGUUGUCGGCACACAUUUCUAAUUUAAUCUCCUCUUCCUCUUAUUUAUGCUUUGUAUUCUUUGUGUUUCGUGACAGCCACCGUGGUUCGGAUGUGAAUCGAGGCCUGAGACACAGUGUUUACGAUGCAUUUGUUUCCCGCACUGGAGAUUAUAUCUUUCAGAAGCCAUUCAUGCAAAUGUAUGUUACACAUAAGAGGAAGCCCAGUCGCCUGCAUCGGAGGGUGAAAAGGUCCAAUCGCUGCGUCCAGGUUCUCACCUUGCUGGCUCGGUCCCAGAAACAGUGGGAUGAUCAUGAGUUCAAGUUGUGUCUUUUUACUGCUUUCAUUCGAUCUGCACUAGUCCAUUUUUUUU